AUGGUGUUUUUGAAAUGGGAGGAUUAUCUGAUCAUCGCGGCAACGAUAAUGAUGUCCCUUGGGAUAGGUCUUUACCAAUCACUGAAGGGACGGAAACAGAAGACAACUACCCAGUAUUUAUUAGGCAGUGGACAAAUGGCCGCUAUUCCUGUGGCAAUAUCACUGAUGGUUUCGUACGAAUCUGGGAUCACGAUGUUGGGUGUUCCGGCGGAAGUGUACAUGUAUGGUAUGCAGUGGUACAUGGCAAACUUCGGAUACUUCUUUGCUGAUCUUUUGAAUCGACAGCUUCUCGUUCCGACGCUGAAGAGAUUGGAAAUUACGAGUAUAUUUGAGUACCUUGAGCUACGAUAUAAGUCACACGGUAUCCGGAUGUUUGCUACAGUGUUAAGCAUCAUUUCAGGGCUGAACUAUACAGGAACUGUCCUAUUUGUUCCUGCAGUAACACUCGAAGCUGUUGCGAAGAUUCCACAUUGGUUAUCCAUUGUUGGCGUGAUGGUUAUAGUGGUCAUUUAUACCCUAAUAGGAGGUUUCCAGGCGGUUGUGUGGUCGGACGUUGUUCAAGCCGUUUUAAUGUUUGGUGGCAUCUUUGCACUUCUUAUUAAGGGUACAAUGGAUUCAGGAGGUAUUGCUGCUACAUGGACAGCCUUUAGCGACAAAGGAAGGCUGAAUCUAUUCAAUUUUGAUCCUGAUCCAACACUACGACAGACAUUUUGGAGCCUUGUUGUGGGGAGUACUAUAUCCGGACUAGGAGUGCCACUGACACAAGUGUCUUUCCUGAGAAUCAAGGCAACUCCAACAGUGUCGUCAGCAAAGAG